AUGUGUAGUUGGGAUACACGUGAGUCAGAAAGCGUAUUGGGAGCACUAGAUGAAUCUCAAUACAACGGUCGUCGCGAUACCGACCUGCCUCGCCUCGAAGUGCACGAUUAUUCGUGGGACUGGGGUGCUUCCGUAUCUGUAUUGGUGAAAUGUCAUGAUGUGAACGUUGAACUGCCUGGGCAGGCGGGGUGGCCUUCUUUGGAUUAUAGUAGAAGUAUAAGAUAUAGGAUGCAUCGGGUUUUGAAGCUUUUUACCGUGGUUCACCGCUUCCCCGGGCUUGGUUCCGUUGAACUCCAGGGCGCUGUUGAUUCCCCCGUAAUCUGGCACUCAACAUACAAGUCGGUGUUGCCUAAAGCAAGCGAGUUUGAAUCUCACCAAGCAUACCUGUUUGAGGCAUACUUGGCUGUUUACGCUCACACAUCUCGAGUCACUACACCAACGCUAUUCUUUCAAACAAUCGAGAGUGACCACUGUAGCAGUAGCAGGCGCUCCAGACUACCGAACAGGGCGGAUCAACAGAAGUUGCGACCACCAGGUCAGAAACAUGGUAUACACGGAGCUUUGGAGAGAAACACAAGUCUGCGCUUCGAUCAUGUCAGCCGUCAAGCGUCUCGAAGUGUCAACCCGGCUGGUCCGCCACGCUCUGUGAACAGAAUACGCUGA